AUGCAAGUUGUUGUUAAAUCGCAAUCAGGAAAUUUACUGUUGCUCCAAGGUGAAGCCAACGAUACUGUUCGUGAUUUAAAGGAGAAGUUAUAUUAUCAUGUACAUAAUCCGCCAUCACAACAACGUCUAAUCUAUCGUGGUAAACAACUUGAUGACGAAAAAUUAUUAACAUCUUAUUCUAUUGCCAAUAAUGCUUUAAUUCGCUAUUUACCAGUAUCAAAGGAAGAAAUUCGAUUGAAUUGCAACCUGUUUACGGGGCAGUUUCUAUCGCUCAAUGUUGAGUUAGAUCAAAGCAUUUGUCAUGUUAAAGAACUGUUACAUCAACAAACUAAUAUUCCUAUGGAAAAACAACGAUUACUAUUAGCUAAUAAGCAAUUGAAAGAUACGGAAACAUUACGUUGUUAUGGAAUGCAAGAAAAUGAUACUAUCAACAUGGUAUUGAAAUUACCUCGUCGUAUACCUUUACAUAUUAAAAUGAAUCAUGAUAAAACUAUAACUAUUGAAAUCGAAUCGAAUAGUACUGUCGCUGACAUUAAAGAAGUGGUGUUUAUUAAUAAUAAUAUGCCGCCAAAUAAACAACGUUUAACGUAUAACGGGAAAGUCAUGCUGGAUUCAACAACAGUCGAUGACUAUGGUCUUAAAAAUUAUGAUACUAUCUACAUGAUACACCGUCGGAAAUCACGAAAUCAAGCCGUUAUUGUUCAAAUGGAAAAUGAUCAGACUUUAAGUGUACCAGCUAAAGAAGAUUCUACCAUUCAAGAAAUUAAACAUUUAAUUGAAGAACAAACAAACAUACCUUGGCGUCAACAACGAUUAUUACAUGAUGACGUUCUACUUAAUAAUUCCUCGACAUUAGCUGAUUGUCAACUGCAAUUGCCUUGUCAAUUGCAAUUAUUUUCAUCAGAUAUCUUGCAGAUUUAUAUACGACUUUCAGUGGGUAAGCAAUUGUCACUGGAAGUCUUAGAAAUGGAUAAAAUUUAUGAUAUUAAAGGUAGGAUUGAAGAUAAAGAAGGCAUAUCUAUUUUACAGCAAACAUUACGAUUUAAAGGUAAAAUUUUGAAAGAUCAAACCACUCUAAAGUCUUGUGAUAUCGGUAGUGGGUCUAUUCUGCAACUUAAAAUUAAUGUAGAUGAUCGAAAUUGUUGUGUUAUGUGA